AUGGACAAACAACAGGUUAUGAGCCCAACGGACCCACAAGACACUCACGCUGCCAACACCGAUACCAAUGCUGCAGACCCGACCGUAACCCGGGUCAGCGCAGAAGCGAGUGACGGCGCGGAAUCUCCUCGAAAGAGUGAGAGUAGAGCCUCUGAACAUGAGAGCGACCGGAUGGCAGAUUGGAAGGACUCAUUGGAAGCUUGA